AUGAAUCUGAUUCCCAGUUUGAUCAUAGGAUUCAUUGUUCAGUUAAUAUUUGAACAAACGACAGUUGCAAAACUAUCCUACAAUCAAUUGGAAUUUUCUUUCUGCGCUGCUUGGGAUCCAAAUGGUACAACCAUUGCAACUUCUACUCUUGUAGGCGUAAAACCUACAAGAAUCUUCGUAGAUAAUAACAGUACUCUCUAUGUAACGUCUAAAAAUCUCAAUCGAACAAUGGUUGUGCCCGAAGGAAGUAAUGUCGCUACUCGGAACAUAUCGACUGGUUUAUUUCAUCCAUCUGGUAUUUUUGUUACGAGUGACGGAGAUAUUUACAUUGCAAAUGGUGGUAUCACUCAUCGGGUAGAGAAAUGGGCAUUGAAUGCAACGAGCGGUGUCAUUGCUAUGAAUACAACUAGUGAAUGUUCAAGUCUCUUCAUUGACACAAACGAUACACUUUAUUGUGCUUACGAUACCGAACACAAAGUCGUUAAGAUGUCCCUGAAAAAUCAUACAAAUACAGUGGUUACUGCUGCUGGUAAUGGUACUAAUGGAUCAGAACCUUCUCUACUAUCUUAUCCCAAUGGAAUAUUUGUUGACAAUAAGUUUAAUCUAUACGUAGCUGAUUAUGGAAACGAUAGGAUUCAAUAUUUCUAUCCAAAUCAGUUGAAUGGAACCAGCAUAACCGGAGCGGGAUCAAUAACACUAUCGAGACCAACUGAUGUUCUUCUCGAUGCCGAUGGAUGUAUGUUCAUUGUUGAUCUGGAUAACCACCGAAUUCUUCAGUAUAUAUUUCAUGUUUUUCGAUGCAUCAUUGGAUGUUCAGGAACACCUGGUUCAGGACCAAAUCAACUUCAGUACCCAUUCAGCUUUGCAUUCGAUAGUUACGGGAAUCUAAUAGUCAACGACAAAGAUAAUAAUCGUAUACAAAAAUUUUUCUUAAUUACAAAUUCGUGUGUCGUUUCAUACAAUCAACCAAAGUUUUGUGCAAAAGCAAAAUGGAAUCCAAAUGCAACGACUUUUGCAACAAAUACUAUAGUUGGCUCGCAACCUCACGCUGUUUUUGUUAAUACAAACAAUAGCGUGUAUUCUGCUAAUUUAAAUAAUGGCAUCAUUUUUAUGUGGCUUUAUAAUAGCGUAAAUGUGACGAACGUAUUUGUGGGCAAUCUAUCGCUUAUGUAUUCCAUAUUCGUUACAUCUAACGGCGAUAUUUAUAGUAGCAGUGAUUUAUAUGGCAGCCAAGUGAGAAAAUACAGCGCAGACACAAAUGCGUGGAGCACUAGGAUGCAUUCCAGUAGCUCUUGCUAUGGACUCUUUGUUGAUGUCAAUAAUAACUUGUAUUGUUCAAUGAGAGAUAACAAUAUAGUUGUUCGAAGUCAGUUCAAUGAUAAUACGUCCACAUCCACAACUGUUGCCGGGAAAGGCACAGCUGCAGCCACACCAGAUGCACUCGACUACCCUUUGGGUAUAUUUGUGGAUGUCAAUUUUGAUCUAUAUGUGGCAGACUGCGGUAAUGAUAGAAUUCAAUUGUUCCAAUUGGGUAUAAUAAAUGGAACGACUGUAGCAGGCAAUCAAUCUACAAUUCAGACAAUUUCACUUAACUGUCCCGCAGGUAUUGUUCUCGAUGCUGAAAAUUAUCUUUUUAUUGUGGAUCAAAUAAAUGCGCGCAUUGUUGGAUCUGGUCCAUAUGGAUUUCGUUGCUUAGUUGGAUGUACCGGAAUAUCUGGUGCAGAAGCUGAUCAGUUAUAUUGGCCAUUGGCUCUUAGUUUCGAUACGUAUGGAAAUAUGUUUGUCAGCGAUAUAAACAACAAUCGAAUUCAAAAAUUUAUUUUCUUAACAAAUUCAUGUUAUACUUCGAUGGCCGUAAGUUUCACAACUGAUAUUACAACAACAUUGUACUCGGCUCAAUCUUCGCAGUCAACCUGGAAGAAUUCUACGGGCAUUGGUUUGUAUUAUAACAUUUCUGAUAAGGCAUGCGACUAUCUUCAACCGUGCUAUCACAAUGGUUUUUGCUAUAAUAACAACAGUAACGUAAAUAAUUUUUAUUGUUUAUGCCCAUAUGGUUUCACCGGUGACCAAUGUCAACUCGAUAAAAGAUUAUGUCGAUUAGAUACGUGUUGGAACAAUGGAACGUGUAGUGAAACAUCAAAUACAACGUACAGUUGUUACUGCCAACCUGGUUGGCAAGAUGAUCGAUGUAAGACAAAAGUGAAUUAUUGCAGCAAUGUCACUUGUUACAAUCAUGGCGUUUGCCGACCAUUAGUACUCGAUUAUCAAUGUCAAUGUCUUGCCGGUAGUUUUUCCGGUCGCCAUUGCGAAAUAGUGGCUAGUACAACAAAAAUUCAUCGGAUUCUUUCUAAAUCAUUUGUUUACAUAGCAAUUAUGGCAAUGAUAACUGUCGUAAUGUUGGUUAUUAUUAUGGAUAUAUUAAAAUAUGGGUUUCAUAUUGAACCCUCCAUACAAGAUCUAGAUCGAGCUCAGCGAGACAAGCAAACCAAAAAGCGCAUGCAACGUUUUCGCCCUCGUUAUCGCGAUACUCUAGUCGUGAGAAAAAUUGCUUUUCUCUUCCAAAAAUGA